CAGGGACAAGAAGAGGCAAACAGAAGAGCGAGCGACGCCAACUACGACCCAGUACAAAUGGACAUGAGUGAGGUAUAGUAAAAUCACACGCCCCGAUAAUUCUUAAUUAGUUGUUAAGUACGAACAUUCGGACAAUGCCUAAGAAGAUACCACAGUGACUUUACGGGUGCUGUAUGUACAUGCAAAGUCUUAGGUCUGAUACAUAGAGGGGAUAGUAUCUGGUUUUGCAAGGUCAUGUCGGCAAAUCAAUUGGUUAAUGCUGUAAGAAACAAAUUUGCAAGAUAGGAAGCAAUGUUCGUGUAUUGACAAAGAUUCCAAUUAUGUUCGGCUUAUUUGGUAUCGUCGGUAUAGUUUUGAUUGUGAUUGAGUACAAGCUGCAGUAUUAUCAAAGCUAUUAUUGAACAAGUCUAUAUUUAACGCUCCUAGUUGAAAUACAAAUAAGACAGGACCUUGAAACCUUAUUGAACGCAGGAUAAUCAGGCUAUCAUUCACAUAAUUAAAAUGAUUUAAAUGAUAAGUAAAUGGGAAUAGUGCCAUUUCGUGAGACAAUAUUAACACGUAGCUCUGUUGGUAAUACAUGAUACAAUAUCUACGCAUCUCGGCAAGGUCUAUGCUGUGUGAGGGUCUUUCAAGACUACCCCCAAGUCCUAUUCCGAAGACAGAGGAGAGCAAUAACAACAAUUCAUCGAGGGAAUCUAGUAGCGAACGCGCAAACAGUCCUACAACGGCUCAGUCUACCUUUGGCUCACGAACAGAAUCUUCUCGGGCUUUGCCUUCUCCAUCAGACCAGAGGCGAGGCGAUCAUGAGAAUCAUACGAGUUCGAAAGACGAUCAUAGACGAGGGGACCGUAGCGAUCGGAGUCGUCAUUCGUCUGACAAAAGUCGCCGUUAUGACGAUCGAAGGCAGCGUGAUAAUAAUCACAGGGACCGAAGCAGAGAUCGCAGGAAUCGGGAUGACGACAAGCGCAAAACGUCCCUCGGAUCGUCUAAAGACGAAAAAAGUGAUGAUAGAGAGAGGAGCGACAAAGAUCAUCAUUAUAGGGAUGACCGGAGGGAUCGUGGAGGUAAUCGCGACAGAAACGACAGAGAUAGACGCAGGGAUCGCAGCGACCGCAAUGAACGGGAUCGACGACACUCCAGGGACGACCGGUCCAAGGAUCGAUAUCGGGAUGAGCGUUCGAGCUACCACAAGGAGAGGGAUCGCACGCGAUCGAGAUCGCGAUCGAGGGACCGCGCACCAUCGCUACCAUUUAGAACGAUGAGUUAUCGGGAGGAAAAGGGACGAAACAAACUGGCUCAGUUGGAGAAACUAGGCAUAGAGUUGAAGCCGCCGGAGGGCGGCGAUACUGUGAUGCUUGGUGGUGUCCAAGGCGAACAGAGCUACUACAAUCCGUUGGCGACGGCGACGCAGGGCAAGUACGCGGAGCAGAUCCAAAAGAGGAAGCUGCUUUGGGCAAACAAGUCGAAGCAGGAUGACGGUAACAGUACGUCGACCGCGGCUUCCACUGCUAAUACGUGGAUGGGGACGACUUUCACGCACGAUCAGGAUGGGAAGGUGACGGCCAAGUUUAAGCGACUGAUGGGUAUUAAGGGCGAUCUACCUAACGCACCGGCAGUAGGAGCCAAACCGGACAUUCUGAAAAAGCAGGAGGAAAUGUUCAAUAAUAUGGAGCAACAAUACGAAGUAGCGCGUGCUACCACGCACACACAACGUGGCGUUGGGCUGGGUUAUGCAACCGGUGGCUAUCAAUUUCCACGAUAAAAUACUCUGCAACUUCAGGCCCAUUGUUUAAUUACAUUUAUAAUAUUGGUAGAUAUUGGCGCAGAUAGAAUUACGUUCGCCGGUUCAGCGACCUUACGUCGAUUCGGGUUUUUUUUACCGGAUCGCAUUAUUUCUAAGUCUUUCCUGCGAGUUGAGGAGACGAUA